CUGGAUGACAUGGCUGGCCUUACAGUAGGUAGGUCAUAAAACUGUAGAAAAACUAUUUUACAAGAGGGGGAAAAACCGAUGAAAAGCAAACAAACUAUCAAAGUGGCAGGCAGCAGUCGAAUAUUACAAUUCAAACCGAAGGAAGCCAUUGACAAGAGUUUCUGUUUCACUUCGCCCAUUAUAAUAAAGAAAGGGAAAGGAUUGCUCCUUCAGAACUGGCUGCUUAAGUCGCACGGAAACCGUACGACCCACCGACCGAUCAACCAAAUCAAUCAGCAACGAUACUCGACUUCUUUACGGACGGAGGGAGCGAAGAGAAGAGAAACCCACAUCGGAUUUUGCAUUCAGAAGUGA